GCCGGUUUGUCAGAAUACAAUGAACCUCCUUGGACAAUUGGGAAAUUACAUUUAAGACCAGUUAACAAAAUACUUCAUCUGUGGAAUCCUGAGGAAUCAUCACAUCAUCAUUCUCCUAUUCUGGAAACUGCAAGUUCUCUACCAAACUUAGGCAUUCUACGUUAUUCCUCUUCAAGCACUAAUGUAAUCAAGACUGUAAGUUACAAAGACAGUCCGUCUAAAGAUGUUUCUCAACCAAAGAAUGACUGGAAGUAUAAAAAGAUUAAAUCGGACUUAUCAAUAAAGAAAAACAAAUGUUCAAAUGAACCUAAACAUUGUUCAUUUAAAUUUAAAGAAAGCCAAUCGAAUAGUGAAACAGAUGUAGCAAGUAAUAGUGAAUCUAGUGAUAGUUAUUCAACCGAAAAUAUUUAUAUAGAGAUAAAAGAAAAGAAAUAUUUACCUGUCUGGUCAGAACCAUUCGUUGUAUGCGUGCAGAGAAAUACUUAUCAGAUGCUGGGAUUUUCAGUGUCAUGUUUACCCAGCUUAUUUGGCCAAAAAGAAGAUGGGUUAUUAUUUAUCAGUGGCAUCUCUCAUAAUGAUAACAGUCAACUACAAGUUGGAGAUUGUAUUUUAUCAGUAAAUCAAGUAGAAUUGAAAAAUUUGGACACAGUCAAGUCAGUUGAAUUAUUAAAAACUGUACUGCCACCAGUUUAUUUGCAAGUUCAAAGACUGAACACAAUAAAUCUGCGUGACAACAUUGAUUAUGUAGAGGAUUUAUCAUCGACGGAUACAUUUACAGAGGAUGAUAUUGAAAUUAUCCAAAGAAUCAUCAACGAUUUUGAAGAGCGUGUCUUCAAUAACCAAAUGAAAUUUCAAGAUCAAUCUAAACUUUCUAUGACAGACAACACUGAAACAUAUAAUAAACAGCAAAGUAUCACUGAAGAUAAUAUGGAAAAUGUUGAUAUACAGGCUAAAAUCCAAAUGCCGAAUCGAUGUGCCAGAGUGUUACGUCGGAAAGUAUUGCAAUGGUUGCAUACAAAUCAGGUAAUGAAACUGCUAAAAGGUGGUAUAAAUCCAACGAAUAAAGAAAAAGUAAAUACUACUGGAGAAAAUUCAAACAAACAAAGCGAUUCAGAAAAGGAUGACAGUACAUUGUAUGGAGACGACGAAAGUGAGGAUUCUUUCAGUGAUGACGAAGAUGCUUGGGAGAAGGGUAAAGUUCCAAAAUAUUUGCUGAACAAAUACAGUGAACUGCCUGGAGAAAUCAUGACUUUUGAAUUACCUUUGAGCAAUUUACCUGUUGAAGCUGGGCAUAAUAAGAAGAUGAGUCUGGGUCUCAAACUUGCUGGGAGCAGAGAUCUUAAUCAGAUGAGUGUCUUUGUUUGUGGGAUUCAACCUGGCAGUAUUAUUGACCGUGAUGGGCAUAUAGAAGUUGGAGAUCAAUUGCUAGAGGUCAAUAAUCAAAUGUUAUAUGGUCUUAGCCACUUAAAUGCUGCACCACUGAUUAGAUCAAUUUAUAUGGAAGCGAUUGGAAGAAGCAACAAUAUCUUUCGACGGUCUAAAAUUAAUGGUUUAAGGUUUGUGGUUCAGCGUCAUCCAGCUAACAUAAGCCUUAUGGCAUCGAUUGUCGUCAACCACCACAAUGAUCAUUCAUCUGGUCGAUCUAGUAGACAUAACAGUGUAGAGACAACAGUUAGUACACUACCUUCACCAGUAAGGAAUGUAAAUAAAGCUAAGGAAUCAAUAGAACUGAUGAAUAUUGCAUUUGGUGGAUCUCAUGGACCUUUAGUUCAACAAACACAUUCCACUACAUUGUACCGGGGUUCUAAAGGUUAUGGUUUUGCUAUAAUGGAAGGAAGUCCAACAAAUGAAGACGGGAUAUAUAUUAAACAGAUAAUUGAAGGUGGCCCUGCAGAAAAGGAUGGUGUUUUAUGCUCAGGAGAUAGACUGAUCAAAGUAAAUAAGAAAGAUGCAACUAAUGCAUCGUAUGACACUGUUUUAGAAUGGAUAAGAGCGGCAAAAAAUGUUCUUCAGCUUCAAGUUACACGGUGGUCUUUCAGCACGCAAACCACUACAGAAGGAAAAUCAUCAAAUAAGCGUUUCUCUGAACCUUCUGUAUUACAGACAGCAGCAGCUGCUUUAUUUGGCAAAGACUUAGACAGUAAGAAAUUUCUGUCAUCAGUAAGCAAUUUCGGAGAUUUGAUAAACCAAAAAAGACUAAGCAUACUGCCUUCAACUGAAAAUGCCGUAAACUGGUUAUCACCCAGUCAAAUCGCAUCUAGAUAUCGUCGUGCAAGUUCUCCAAGCUUCAGCUAUAAACCAGAAUACAUUCCUCAUUCCACUUUGGAACCCAUUCUUAACUAUUCUACAACAUCAAUAAAUGUCCCAUCGGAAAGUGGAAAUUUUGAGAAGAUUUCUGUUUUGAUAAAUGAUGAACCAGAAAUGGCCUCAACAACUCGUCCAAUCAAGCCUGGAGUUGAAACAGAGAUUUAUAUGGCUAUUAAUGGUUCAUGCAGUCUGGGUAUAGGUUGCAUAGGAGGAAGUGAGACAGCACUGAAUGUUCCAGUUAUACAUGAAAUCUACCCAAACGGUACAGCAGCUAAAGAUGGGCGUCUUCGUCCUGGAGACAGGAUUAUGAGUGUUAACCACAUGUCAUUACUCGGCCUACCAUUUUUAGAAGCUAUGCAUAAACUUCAAAUGGCUUACAUCAACAAAUUAUUCAUGAUAAAAUCAGAUUGUAAAGAAGAAAACGAAAAUGUACCUGUACUUUCAAACGAUCCAAUCUAUUUUAAUCUAACAAUAUUCCGACCAACAGAACAAAAUGAAGAUUGGUUCGAUCAAGAAUUAGUAAUUGAACUAAACAAGAAAUCAGGGAAAGGUUUAGGAAUCUGCAUCGCAGACCGAUGUGUACAUCUUAAAGCAGCUGACGUUUCAUUGGAAAAAGACAAUGAGAAGAUUCGAAGCCAUUCAGAUACAAAUGCAACAGAAGUCCAAACGUCGUAUGGUGUCAUUGUAACUGAAAUAAUAAAAGGUUCAUUGGCAGCAACGGAUGGUCGCCUUAUGCCAAAUGAUCAAAUCCUCGAGGUGAAUGGAAGAAACACAAGAGGCCUUAGCAGUGAAAUAGUCGGUGCUUUGUUAAAGGCUGCUCCUUGCAAAGUCAUCCUCAAAGUGGGUAGGUUAAGAAAUCAGAUCGCUAUACCCAAUUCUGCAACGUUUCUUUUCAAUGAUCCAUGUCAAAUGAAGAGAUGAAUCAUAUCAGGAAAGUGGCAGCUUACUUUGACGAGGACAUUCAACAUAAAUUCAUCAUUCAAUGGUGCAAACAACACUACAUGGGUUUAGUCACUACUCUAUAGCUGAAUUAAGUUCUGCCAAUUUUUCCAUGUGUUUUUCAAUUCGUAUACAAUAAAAAACAAACAAAGAAAAGCUAUGAAACCUAACAUUCCAACAAUUGCAAAUAGUGUUAGUGUGAGACUAUGUUAGCUCAAUACAUCCUUAUCUUUAUUAGUGUAUCAAAUAUUUCUGCAGUGCAGUCCACACAAAACACCGUAUGACUUGUUUUGAGCGCACAAAAAUGAUAUAAUUCUUUUCUCUCUCUCUCUCUCUCCCUUUUUUUCUUGCACUUAAUAGACUGUGAAAUUUCACUACUCACUUCAUUAUUUCAGUGGCAUUAGUGUGUCCCCUCUAAUCCACUAAUUCAUUCUCAUCAAAAAAGAGAAGGAAAAACACCAAUCAGAUUGUUGACUAACAACAAAAUGAUACAGAUUAUAAAUUGAUGACCAUAUAUAUAGUCUCAUUAAUUAGGUGAAUACUUCAACUCUGUCUGUCUUCUAUUGUGUAUGCUUAAAAAAGAAAAGAAAAGAGAAACUUUAGCUUUCCUUAUUUCUGUGUAUACAGUGUAAGCGAUUAUUAAUCACACUUCUACAGUGUACUACUACAUCUUGUGAUUUUUCAAAACAGAUCGAAAUGAUAGAUAACUGUGAGCCAACUUUCGAGGAAGAAUAAUUGUAGAUAAAAUAGAUAUAUUGUUGUACUUAACUUCUUACAAUGUCUGUAUCAAUCAGUUCUCUUCACAUUUUGGUGUAUUUUCUCCUUUUCUAACAAUCACACACACACAUACACACACUCUCUGUCUCUCCUUCAUUCCAACAUAAUACACUUAGUUUGGUUUCAGUAAUGGUAAACUAGUAAUGAUAACUAACCGCCGUACUAGUGUAUUGUUUGUUGUAAUAAAAACUCUUAAAUGAACUCAUGCUAAAAGUGUUGAUAGCUGAAUCAAUUUUGUAAAUCACAAAUAUUCACACAAACACACGCUUCGUGUUGUGCUCGUUCCUCUUUUUCUCUUUUCUCCUUUCUUUUUUGAUUUCGAAAAUGAAAAACAGUUAAAGUCUUUCCAAAAAAAUAAUAAAUAAAGAACAAAAAGCCAAAAUUGUUAUCAGGGAACAGUUAGAGAGAAAAUACACGUCAUCCCUUUACUAUUAUUAUUAUUAUUUUUUGCCCCAUCUUUCCUUCUUUACUUGGUCACUUUCCUUUUCUACUUCUUUAUUAUUAUUAUUAUUAUUUUGAUGCUAGUCAUCAAGUUGUUCAUUAAUACUUGUUCAAUUUUCAAUUCAACAAACAAGUGAAAAUUUCAAGUCUAGAGUAUACUGCUCACUCAUAUAUAUAUGUAUAUGUAUAUUAGUGUAUGCAGUGAAGUAUAUAUUCCAUCCACUAAUCAUUGGAAAUGCAGAUUUAUUUCAUUUCUGAAAAUGAUGCAUAGCAUUUAGUGUUGUUUUGAUUAAAAAGAAUAAAGUAGAAAUUAUAAACUUUUUUUCUUCUUCUUCUUUCCUUUUCUUGUUAUUGUUUCUAUGUUUAGAUUUUUUGCAAACUGAAGUUUGCACUUUUCAGGUGUACUUGCUUAUCUAGAAAGGGAAUCUAUCUAUACAUCUGGUUAAUCUUCAAAACAGAAGAAAAAACAAACAAACACACACAAUAAAUAUUUCUCCUAGUAUGUCGAAAAUAUUUCAAUACACAUAUACAACAUAAUCUCUUUUGACAUUCUUCUAGUAGA